AUGGAUUAUGAUAAAUGGGUAUCAUUGGGAGAGAGGCUUGGGUUGAAGGACGGGGAGUUACGUGAUUAUGUUCAAAAGAAAGAAUCAGAAUAUCUUGAUAGAGAAGAGAGAAAUAUUAGACGUGAAGAAGAUAAACGGCGAUUUGAGGCAGAGCGUUUAGAAAAAGAAGCUGAACGUGAGGAAGGGCGACGGCGUUUUGAGGCCGAGCGUCUAGAAAAAGAAGCCGAACACGGUUUCAGAAAUAAAUUUAGAGAGAGUAAGCCGGAACAAGGGGAGACUGUAAACCAAUUUAUGGCUCGCUUAGAUAGGUACUUUAGUAGAUGGACAGAAAUGGCCGACGCUGCGGAUACAGUAGAUAAAUUGAAAGAUCUUAUUAUUAGAGAGCAAUUUGUCAAAGUUUGUUCAACAGAGCUAGCUCUUUUUCUAAAGGAACGAAAGCCAAAGGAUCGUAGAGAUGUCAUCUCUUUGGCUGAACAAUACUUAGAGGCUCAUGGCGGUACAAUUACAAAUAGUAAAAGCUCAAAAGUUGCCAAUUUUUCAAAUAAAUCACCAAUACGCCUUAAUCAAGGUAAUCUAUCGAAACCAAUACAGCACUUUCACAGAGAAAAUAGAAAAGUAACAUGCUUCAUAUGUAAUAGAGAGGGUCAUGUGGCCAGAGAUUGUCGAGAUCAGACUAAGAAAAGAUAUGGGGCUGCUGCAAUGUCAUAUGGGGAGCAAAAUAGAAAUUACUUUAAAACAAAUCGGGAUUCUUCACCAAGGAACUGGCGUAGUAGGCCUGGAGAAAAUAGACGUGAUGGGAGAUCAGAUGAUAAGAAAGUAUCGGGGUUAUGUAUGUCAAUUUCUCCAACAAGUUCUUAUGAUGGUUGUAUUGAAGAGGGAAAACUUAAAUUAGCCAAUGGUAAUUCUGUGCCUGUCAUUACAAGUAGCUGUACAAUUGAAUCAUUAGAAGGUGAACGUCAACUGGAUCUAAACUAG